CUCUGAGGUCUUGGACCCAGGCCAAUCAGCUGUCAGGGCUCAUGAUAAAUCGCAAUGCAUUAUUGAUAAUAAUAAUUACUGGGACAUGCGCGUUCCGGCCGAAGGGGGGUAAAAUUUCCUAACUCCAGGAAUUGGUGGCAAGUCACCAGGGCUCUUCCCGGCGCCCCGAUGCGCGCACCAUGUCGAGGCGCAAGCAGGCGAAGCCCCAGCACAUCAACUCGGAGGAGGGCCAGGGCGAGCAGCCGCUGCAGCAGCCGAGCCCCGACCUCGAAGAGGCGCCGGCGGCGGAGGAACCGGGUGCCCCAGUGAACUCCCCAGGGAACGGCGAUGAAGUGACAGAGGACACGGUCCCGGCGAAGCGCCCUCGGCGGGAGGAGACUCACGUCUGUGAGAAGUGUUGUGCUGAGUUCUUCAGUCUCUCUGAGUUCGUGGAACACAAGAAAAAUUGCACUAAAAAUCCUCCGGUCCUCAUUAUGAACGACAGUGAGGGGCCAGUGCCUUCAGAGGACUUCCCCAGAGCUGUCCUGAGCCACCAGUCGGACAGCCCAAGCAAUAAGGACAGUCACCAGGACAACAGCAGCAGCUCAGGGUAUUCGAAGGAAAAACUGGACAUGGACUCCAUCCUGUACUUAAAGACAGAGGCUACCCUGCCACCCACACCCCAGGACGUAAGCUAUGCACCCAAAGGCAAAGUGGCCAACACCAAUGUGACUCUGCAGGCGCUCCGUGGCACCAAGGUGGCAGUGAACCAGCGGAGUGUGGAUAUCCCUGCAGCUCCUGUGCCAGCUGCCCACAGCAUCCCCUGGGUCCUAGAGCAGAUCCUGUGUCUGCAGCAGCAGCAGCUUCAACAGAUCCAACUCACCGAACAAAUCCGCAUCCAGGUGAACAUGUGGGCGGCACACGCGCUCCACUCUGGAGUGGCGGGUGCGGACACUCUGAAGGCCUUAAGCAAUCAUGUGUCCCAACAGGUGUCCAUAUCCCAGCAGGUGUCCGCCGCUGUGGCUCUGCUCAGCCAGAAAUCCUCAAACCCGGCUCUGUCUCUCGAUGCCUUGAAGCAAACCAAGCUACCUCAUGCCAGCGCGCCCUCCACAGCAGGCUCGCUGUCCUCGGGGUUUACGCCCUUCACCUUGAAGCCUGACGGGACUCGGGUUCUCCCCAACUUCAUGUCUCGCCUCCCAAGUAGCCUGCUACCUCAGACCCCGGGCUCUGUGCUCCUUCAGAGUCCUUUCCCUGCUGUGGCACUCGACCCGUCCAAGAAAGGGAAGGGGAAGCCUCCAAACGUCUCUGCGACUGCGACGGAUGUCAAGGUCAAGGAUGAGGCCGCCCUCGGCAAGCACAAGUGUAAGUACUGUAGCAAGGUUUUCGGGACCGAUAGUUCCCUGCAGAUCCACCUCCGCUCCCACACCGGAGAGAGACCUUACAUGUGUUCUGUCUGUGGUCACCGCUUCACCACCAAGGGCAACCUCAAGGUACACUUCUAUCGACACCCUGAGGUGAAGGCAAACCCUCAGCUGUUUGCCGAAUUCCAGGAUAAAACGGCGGCAGCAGGCAACGGCUCCCCCUAUGCACUCCCUGUCCCUGCCCCUGUAGAUGAAUCAAGUCUCUCUGUAGACAACAAGCCUGUCCAUGGCACGGGAACCCCUCCCAUAGGGCUGCCUCAAAAGCUCACUUCGGGGCCUAACCCCAAGGACCUCAUGGGUGGCUCCCUGCCCACUGACAUGCAGCCAGGGCACUCUCCAGAGAGUGAGGUGGGAAUUCCGCUCCCUGGGGUGGGGCUUGUGCAUAAUCCCCCAAGGGUUGGGGGCCCCCAGGGGAGUGGGACCCCGGAGUCAGGAUCGGAGACCCUGAAACUGCAGCAGCUUGUGGAGAACAUUGACAAGGCCACUGCCGACCCCAACGAGUGCUUCAUCUGCCAUCGAGUACUCAGCUGUCAGAGCUCCCUCAAGAUGCACUACCGGACCCACACAGGGGAGAGACCGUACGAGUGCAAGAUAUGUGGCCGGGCCUUCUCCACCAAAGGCAACCUGAAGACCCACCUUGGGGUUCACCAGGCCAACAUGACUGUAAAAACACAGCACUCGUGCCCCAUCUGCCAGAAGAAGUUCACCAACGCCGUCAUGUUACAGCAACAUAUCCGAAUGCACAUGGGUGGCCAGAUACCUAACACGCCCCUGCCAGAGAGCCCCUGCGACUUUACAGGUCCCGAGCCCAUGGUCGUCAGCGAGAAUGGCGGUGCCAGUGCCGUCUGCCAGGAAGACGCAGGGGAAAGGAUGGAGGCAGAUGACAUCUGCCCGCAAGAUCUUCCGGGUGGCUCCUCAAAGGUCUCCAAAUCCGCUCCUGGUACCCACCUGGUGCCACCCAUUGUGGGCUUUUCUGUGAUGGCCCCCCUGGAUACUCAGGGGAAAGGGGCUCCUCCCCCUUUGGGCCUGCAGUGGCAGAACAGCCAAGAAAAUGGCUCAGUAGAGAGUGACAACUGCCUAGCCAAUGACUCGUCCUCGCUCAUGGGUGGUGACCAGGAGUGUCGGAGCCGAAGCCCAGAUGCCGCAGAAACCAUGUGCUUCCAGGCAGUGUCUCCUGCCGAUAGCAAGGCAGAAAUUGUCAAGUCCCGGUCUCCUGAGGGCAUCAAGGCCGAGGGCAUCGAGAGCGGCCGCAUUGACACGGAAGCUCGCACUGGCAUCCCAUCAACAUAUAUCCACGCACAGCCCACCUAUGUCAAAGUUGAAGUUCCUGGCACCUUUGUGGGAGCCUCCAGCAUGUCCUCAAGCAUGACACCUUUGCUAGCCGCACAGCCACGCCGACAGGCCAAACAGCACUGCUGUACGCGCUGCGGGAAGAACUUCUCAUCUGCCAGUGCCGUUCAGAUCCACGAGCGGACGCACACGGGAGAAAAGCCUUUUGCCUGCAACAUAUGUGGGCGAGCCUUCACCACUAAAGGCAAUCUGAAGGUACACUACAUGACGCAUGGGCCCAACAAUAACUCCGCCCGCAGGGGCAGGAAGCUGCCCAUGGAGAACCCCAUGGCUAUCCUGAGUGCAGAGGGAAAGAGAGUGGCUGAGGCCUUUCCCAAGGAACUCCUGUCCCCCACGGUGAGCGUGGACCCUGCCACAUGGAACCAGUACACCAGCGUCCUCAAUGGGGGCCUGGCCAUGAAGACCAACGAGAUCUCUGUGAUUCAGAGUGGAGGCAUUCCCACCCUGCCGGUGUCCCUGGGGGCCAGCUCUGUCGUGAGCAGCGCCACACUUUCCAAGCUCGAUGGUUCUCAGUCGGCCAUGAGCGGGAACAUGGAGAAGCCUGCUGUUCCCGAUGGGGUGACCAUGCACCAGUUCCCCCAUUUUGUGGAGGAAAACAAGAUUGCAGUCAGCUGAGGAGGAAGAGGGUGCAGUGCAGCUGGAGUGAGAUCUGCUUCAUUGUGGAGCUUUCUUAACCGUCUCCUGCUUUUCUCUUCCUGGGAUGCAAGGAUGUUUACACUUGUCACCAUAGUUGUGGGCAGUCCUACAAUCUUGAUUGUUGCUAUGCUGCUUUCCAAAAAAUUAAAACAAAAAAAGAGGAAAAUUUAAAAAAAAACCGGAAAAAAAAUCCAAAACAGACUUUUUGGAAAGAAGCGGGUUUUGUUACUUGGGACAAACUGUAUACUAGAGGCUUUGUGUGACCUCCUGGCUGUUUUCCAAAGACUGUCAACCUGUUUCAAAGUGAAACAGUUGUGGCAAAUUGGACCACAGUGGAAGUGACAACUACUCACCUCAAUUCAGGGGUGGAGGUGCCGUGUACUCCGUGGUGACUGAUGCGGGUCAAUGGACAUCUGAAGGGACCUGGUUUAUAUGCCUCCCCGUCCUGUAUGCAUCUCCUGUUGUUGAAUGUACCUUAAGAGAAAGGAAGAAACGAACCCUCAGAAAAACUAAGGUGGCCCAAUCAGCCCACUCCCUGAAGCCUUAGAUCCUUUGUAGGACGCCCACAAACUGACCCUGGUCCCUAGGGAGCUCACCACUUACCCUGCUGCUCUUUUAAAAUGGUUUAGAGCCCCAAAACUGCCACCUGCCCCCCAUCUCCCACAAACCACCUUCUUCCCAGACCCUGGAGUGGAGGGCACCGGAGUGGGUAAGUCAGGUGAUUUCACCUGGUUCUGCAGUGCCCACUGCGUUGUUGGACAGACUGCAUGCAUGCUCCUCCUUAGGGAGAAACUCCUAGCAGGGCCAGGCGAGUCUCGCUUCCUGCUCCCAAUGUUAAGUCACGUUACCUUCCUGUUACUUCAAUUUCCUUAUCCCGAGUCGUGAAGAUUUUCACACCACCUCUGCCAUUAUGAAGGUUGUAGUGUUGAGACAGGCAAGUCUUGGAUGUGAGGGCUUAUUUAUCUACCUCGUUUAUUUUUAUUUUUGUAGCCAAAAAAGUCUAUUUUGCUAUGUUGUGACCACACAGUGUUUCCAGGUCUUAAAUUUAGGAGUUAAUGUGGUGAGAAGAGCCUGAUGUUCAAGAUGUCUCCAUGGUUGAUUCUGUAUUUUAUUUUAUUUUUUUAUUACAUUUUUUGUAUGUGUAAUAAUUUCGAGCAGCUGUUGUAACAGUGUUCUGAUGGUUUAAUGAGGGAGGAGGGACACACUUCUAGCUCCUGGGUAGGAGAUUUCUUCCUGCCCCGUGGAAUGCCGUUGCCAAACUGAGGGUGGAGGCUCAAAAGUCCACCAACUUCCUUUCCUCUUGUUGCACCUGAUUUUAGGAUCCAAAACUUUUGUGUUUUUUUUCCUGCCGAGUUGUGCCUUUCCUUCUGGGAUUGUUAAGUGAAGCCUGUGAUAAAGGGUUUGCUGGUUAGCCUGUUCACUGUUCACACCGAAGUGGUAUUGUUACAGAGGACACGCCAGCCGUGGCUUCUCACACCCUGUGAAUGAAUGUGUGAACUGUGCUGUAGUUUUACCUGCUGAUACUGUCUGUCCAGAAAUAAAAUUUGAGUUUUUUCUUUCCCCCA